AUGGUUGUGCUAUUCCUUUUUGCCUGGCUCUGGAUGGUGCGGGGAGUCCUUUCCCAGCUUCACUACACGGUGCAGGAGGAGCAGGAGCAUGGCACGUUCGUGGGCAACAUCGCGGAAGACCUGGGCCUGGACAUCACCAAACUUUCGGCUCGCAGGUUCCAGACGGUGCCCAACUCCCGGACCCCCUACCUGGACCUCAACCUGGAGACCGGGGUGCUGUACGUGAACGAGAAGAUCGACCGCGAGCAGAUCUGCAAGCAGAGCCCCUCCUGCGUGCUGCACCUGGAGGUGUUCCUGGAGAACCCGCUGGAGCUGUUCCGGGUGGAGAUCGAGGUGCUGGACAUCAACGACAACCCCCCUUCCUUCCCGGAGCCGGACCUCACGGUGGAGAUCUCCGAGAGCGCCACGCCGGGCACCCGCUUCCCCCUGGAGAGCGCCUUCGACCCGGACGUGGGCACCAACUCCCUGCGCGACUACCAGAUCACCCCCAACAGCUACUUCUCCCUGGACGUGCAGACCCAGGGCGAUGGCACCCGCUUCGCCGAGCUGGUGCUGGAGAAGCCGCUGGACCGGGAGCAGCAGGCGGUGCACCGCUACGUGCUGACCGCGGUGGACGGGGGAGGAGGGGGAGGAGGAGGAGGAGGAGAAGGGGGAGGAGGAGGCGGCGGCGGCCAAGGAGGAGGAGGAGGGGGCGGCGGGGGUCUGCCCCCCCAGCAGCAGCGCACCGGCACGGCCCUCCUCACCAUCCGAGUCCUCGACUCCAACGACAACGUGCCCGCCUUCGACCAGCCCGUCUACACGGUGUCCCUGCCCGAGAACUCGCCCCCGGGCACCCUGGUGAUCCAGCUCAACGCCACGGACCCGGACGAGGGCCCUAACGGCGAGGUGGUGUACUCGUUCAGCAGCCACCUGUCGCCGCGGGCGCGGGAGCUGUUCGCGCUGGCGCCGCGCACGGGCCGCCUGGAGGUGAGCGGGGAGCUGGACUACGAGGAGAGCGCGGCGCACCAGGUGUACGUGCAGGCCAAGGACCUGGGCCCCAACGCCGUGCCGGCGCACUGCAAGGUGCUGGUGCGGGUGCUGGACGCCAACGACAACGCGCCCGAGAUCAGCUUCAGCACGGUGAAGGAGGCGGUGAGCGAGGCGGCGGCGCCCGGCACGGUGGUGGCCCUGUUCAGCGUGGCCGACCGCGACUCGGAGCAGAACGGGCAGGUGCAGUGCGAGCUGCUGGGCGACGUGCCGUUCCGCCUCAAGUCGUCCUUCAAGAACUACUACACCAUCGUCACCGAGGCGCCCCUGGACCGCGAGGCCGGCGACGCCUACACCCUCACCGUGGUGGCCCGGGACCGCGGCGAGCCGCCGCUCGCCACCAGCAAGUCCAUCCAGGUGCGGGUGUCGGACGUGAACGACAACGCGCCCCGGUUCCCCCAGCCCGUCUACGACGUGGCCGUGACCGAGAACAACGUGCCGGGCGCCUACAUCUACGCCGUGAGCGCCACGGACCGCGACGAGGGCGCCAACGCGCGGCUCGCCUACGCCAUCCUCGAGUGCCAGAUCCAGGGCAUGAGCGUCUUCACCUACGUGAGCAUCAACGCCGAGAACGGCUACCUCUACGCCCUGCGCUCCUUCGACUACGAGCAGCUCAAGGACUUCAGCUUCCAGGUGGAGGCGCGGGACGCGGGCAGCCCCGAGGCGCUGGCGGGCAACGCCACGGUGCACAUCGUGGUGCUGGACCAGAACGACAACGCGCCCUCCAUCGUGGCGCCCCUGCCCGGCCGCAACGGGACGCCGGCCCGCGAGGCGCUGCCCCGCUCGGCCGAGCCGGGCUACCUGCUCACCCGCGUGGCCGCCGUGGACGCGGACGACGGCGAGAACGCGCGCCUCACCUACAGCCUCGUGCGGGGCAACGAGGCCAACCUGUUCCGCAUGGACUGGCGCACCGGGGAGCUCCGCACGGCGCGCCGCGUGCCGGCCAAGCGCGACCCCCAGCGGCCCUACGAGCUGGUGAUCGAGGUGCGCGACCACGGCCAGCCGCCCCUGUCGUCCACGGCCACGCUGCUGGUGCAGCUGGUGGACGGCGCCGCGGAGCCCCCGGGCGGGGGCGGGGGCGGGCCCGGGGGCUCCGGGGAGCACCAGCGCCCCCCCAACCGCUCCGGCGGCGCUGGAGGAGGAGGAGGCGGCGGGGAGACCUCGCUGGACCUCACCCUCAUCCUCAUCAUAGCCCUGGGCUCCGUGUCCUUCAUCUUCCUGCUGGCCAUGAUCGUGCUGGCCGUGCGCUGCCAGAAGGAGAAGAAGCUCAACAUCUACACGUGCCUGGCCGCCGGCGACUGCUGCCUGUGCUGCUGCUGCUGCUGCUGCGGCGGCGGCGGCGGCGGCGGCGGCCACGGGGGCUCCGCCUGCUGCGGCCGCCAGGCCCGGGCGCGCAAGAAGAAACUCAGCAAGUCGGACAUCAUGCUGGUGCAGAGCUCCAACGUGGCCAGCAACCCAGCGCAGGUGCCCGUGGUGGAGGAGGCCGGGGGCUUCGGCGGCUCCCAUCACCACAACCAGAAUUACUGCUACCAGGUCUGCCUGACCCCGGAGUCCGCCAAGACCGACCUGAUGUUCCUGAAGCCCUGCAGCCCCUCCCGGAGCACGGACACUGAGCACAACCCCUGCGGGGCCAUCGUCACCGGCUACGCCGACCAGCAGCCCGACAUCAUCUCCAACGGGAGCAUUUUGUCCAACGAGACUAAACAUCAGAGAGCAGAGCUCAGCUAUCUAGUUGACAGACCUCGCCGAGUUAACAGUUCUGCAUUCCAGGAAGCCGACAUAGUAAGCUCUAAGGACAGUGGUCAUGGAGACAGUGAACAGGGAGAUAGUGAUCACGAUGCCACCAACCGUGGCCAGUCAGCUGGCAUGGAUCUCUUCUCCAACUGCACCGAGGAGUGCAAAGCCCUAGGCCACUCGGACAGGUGCUGGAUGCCUUCUUUUGUCCCCUCGGAUGGACGCCAGGCUGCCGACUACCGCAGCAACCUGCACGUGCCCGGCAUGGACUCCGUCCCGGACACCGAGGUGUUCGAGGCCCCGGAGGCGCAGCCCGCGGCAGAGCGGUCCUUCUCCACCUUCGGCAAAGAGAAGGCCCUGCACAGCACCCUGGAGAGGAAGGAGCUGGACGGACUGCUGUCCAGUACACGAGCGCCUUACAAACCACCGUAUUUGACACGGAAAAGGAUAUGCUAG